AUGUCUGGUGCCCCCUCCAACUUCAACGCCCGUCGCUUCCUCGACGAAAAUGGCAUCUCCGGCGGGGACGCCACUGCGCAUGACACCAGCCUCUCCUAUGAGACCGAGCCACGGCCCAGGAAGCUGGUCAGCUCCGAGGCCGAGCUCUCGCUGCUGAAGCAGCUGGACGGCGGGGACCCCAGCAUUGCCCACGUCGUGUCCUACCAGUUCAACAAGCACAGGCACAAGCUCACCGAUGAAUUCAAGUCCUGGGGCUGGUUCGGCUGGGCCUGCUGGUUCCUGCCCUGCCUGGGCUGGCUGAGGACCUACCGCAUCAAGGAGUGGCUGCUGCUUGACGUUGUGGCUGGCCUGUCCGUGGGUGCCAUGGUCAUCCCCCAGGGCAUGUCCUACGCCAACCUGGCCGGCCUGCCCUCAGCUGUCGGGCCCGUGGCCGUGACGUCCACCCUGCUGGGCAACGGGCUGGAGAAGAUAUUUGGCAGCCUGUCCACCGACCCUAACAACCCCGAGGACCCGGCGCUGCAGGCCAACAUCAACUCCGCGGCCAUCGAGGUGGCCUUCCUGGCGGGGGUAAUGUACACCGGCAUCGCACUGCUGAACCUGGGCUGGAUCAUCCGCUUCCUGUCCCACUCCGUCAUCUCGGGCUUCAUGUCUGGCGCCGCCAUCACCAUCGCCCUGGGCCAGGUCAAGUACAUCCUGGGCCUGAAGCUUGGGCGCGGGUCCACAAUCCAGUCCCUGCUGGACAUGAUCUUCUCCAACCUGUCGGGCUUCAAGUGGCGCGAGUUCGUCAUGGGCUACUUCUUCAUCGGCCUGCUCUACACAUUCCGCUGGGCGGGCAACCGCUUUGCGCACAAGCGCCUCGGCUUCCUCCGCUUCCUGGGCCCCAUCACCGUGGUCGUCACCUCCAUCGCGGUCAUGAACAUCUUUGGGCUGUACAAGAACCCCACCACCGCCUCUCCCUACAUCAAGCCCAUCGGCAAGAUCCCCAAGGGCCUGCCGCCCUUCAGCGCCAACCACUGGCUGCCGCUGUACGACGUCAGCCGCCAGGUCACCCUGGCCAUCAUCAUCUGCCUGGUGGACGUCUGCGAGUCCAUCUCCAUCGCAAAGGCCCUGGCCCAGCGCAACAAGUACCGCUUGAACUACACGCAGGAGCUGCGCGCGGUGGGCGUGGCCAACCUGUUUGGAGCCAUGUUCUCCUGCUACACCACCACGGGCUCCUUCUCCCGCUCCGCGGUGAACAACUCUGCGGGCGCCAAGACCCCCUUUGCCCAGUUCGUUUGCUCCAUGCUCCUCAUGCUCACGCUCCUAGUGCUCACCCCCAUCUUCACCAACAUGUCGGCCAACGUCCAGGCCAACAUCAACUCCGCGGCCAUCGAGGUGGCCUUCCUGGCGGGGGUAAUGUACACCGGCAUCGCACUGCUGAACCUGGGCUGGAUCAUCCGCUUCCUGUCCCACUCCGUCAUCUCGGGCUUCAUGUCUGGCGCCGCCAUCACCAUCGCCCUGGGCCAGGUCAAGUACAUCCUGGGCCUGAAGCUUGGGCGCGGGUCCACAAUCCAGUCCCUGCUGGACAUGAUCUUCUCCAACCUGUCGGGCUUCAAGUGGCGCGAGUUCGUCAUGGGCUACUUCUUCAUCGGCCUGCUCUACACAUUCCGCUGGGCGGGCAACCGCUUUGCGCACAAGCGCCUCGGCUUCCUCCGCUUCCUGGGCCCCAUCACCGUGGUCGUCACCUCCAUCGCGGUCAUGAACAUCUUUGGGCUGUACAAGAACCCCACCACCGCCUCUCCCUACAUCAAGCCCAUCGGCAAGAUCCCCAAGGGCCUGCCGCCCUUCAGCGCCAACCACUGGCUGCCGCUGUACGACGUCAGCCGCCAGGUCACCCUGGCCAUCAUCAUCUGCCUGGUGGACGUCUGCGAGUCCAUCUCCAUCGCAAAGGCCCUGGCCCAGCGCAACAAGUACCGCCUGAACUACACGCAGGAGCUGCGCGCGGUGGGCGUGGCCAACCUGUUUGGAGCCAUGUUCUCCUGCUACACCACCACGGGCUCCUUCUCUCGCUCCGCGGUGAACAACUCUGCGGGCGCCAAGACCCCCUUUGCCCAGUUCGUUUGCUCCAUGCUCCUCAUGCUCACGCUCCUAGUGCUCACCCCCAUCUUCACCAACAUGUCGGCCAACGUCCAGGGCGCCAUCAUCAUCGUGGGUGUGCUGGGCCUUUUUGAUUACUCCGAGUUCCUGUAUCUGUACAAGGUGAACAAGCUGGACUGGAUCGUCUGGCUCGUCACCUUCUUCGUCGUCCUCUUCGCCGGCGUGGAGAUCGGCAUCGGCGUGGGUGUGGGCGUGUCCUUGGUGCUGGUCAUCUGGCGCGCCGCCUUUCCCGCCAUCGUGAAGCUGGGCAAGCUGCCCGACUCCGCGGUCUACCGCAACGUCAAGCUCUUCCCCGACACACAGCAGACCCCAGGCGUGCUGGUCAUGCGCGUCGACGCGCCCUUCUUCUUCGCCAACGUGGAGUCCAUCCGCGACGGCAUCGUGCGGCGCGUGGAGGAGGCCCAGGCCACGCCCGAGGCCGAGUCCGGUGCCGCGCCCGUGCGCUACGUAGUGCUGGACAUGGGCGCGGUGACCGACGUGGACGCCACCUCCAUCCACUGGCUCACAGAGUUUGUGUAUGACCUCAAGUCCGAUCUGGGGGUGCAGCUGGUGCUGAGCAACCUCACCCGCCCCGUCCUGCGCGCCAUCAAGAACGGCAAUGUGCACCGGCGCCUGGGCCCGGACCACAUCUUCGUGGACACCAACGAUGCGGUGGUCACCCUGUCCACCGGGCUCAAGCAGGGCAGGGUCGACAAGGCCCUCUGA